GAUGGAUAAGGUUUACAGUUUUAAAGCCAAAACCUAAGUUGGUCAUAUCAAAUAAGUUAUAAAUCAAGAGCAAAAGCUUCAAUUUUAUAGUGAAGAAGAAGGAGAUAGUACAACAUCAAAAGAUAAUACUCCUAAAACAAUCAUAAAACCUAAGGCGAAACCACCUAUGCAAAAUGGAUAUUAGACUGAUGAUUCAGAUUCAGGUACACCAAAAAACUAAAAGCCAUAAUCGAAAUAGCCUUAGGGUAAUAUAGAUUAUAUUUAGGUGCUAAGAUGUCUAGAUUCAGCAAUCUUGUCAAUACAAAAAAGGUUGAAGGAGAUGUUGAAUAGGAACCAGAUUUUAGUGAUUAAGAGAAAAAACAAAAACCAGUAUAAGUUUAAUAACAAGAAGGAAAUUACAAUAUUGAAGAACAAGCUUAAAGGAUAUAGUAAAAAUUAAGUUAAUAAUCUCCACAAAAUAUGAAGUUGAAUAAAAAUAAGUAUUCAGAUAAAAUCAAUUUUAGAUAAGCUGUCUCUAUGUAAAAUUUGAAUGUGAAUUCAGACAAUGAAUAAAGUAAAAAGAAUUCGCAAAAUAAUUCCAAAGAUAAGUUAAGUAACCAUCCUUUUAGACAUCUUAUUUUUGGUCCAAUUAUCAACGAAUAAGCAUUUAAAAAACAUCUUAUAUUAACAUAGAGAGGUUUAAUUUAUGCAAGAAAAUGUCUUAAAGGACCUUCUGAUAAAUUCAUAUAAUCAAAAAAAAUCCAACUUGCAGAAGCCAAUCCAAAAAAAGAUAAAACUUUAGUACUUGAUUUAGAUGAAACUUUAAUUCAUUCUUGUUCUUAAAGAGAAAAUCCUUAAGUUUAUGUAACAGCUGUUGGAGAUUUUGGAGAGGAGGCAAAAGUAAUUUAUUGGAAAAUAAUUAGAUUGGGAUUAAUAUUCGUCCAUAUACAACACUAUUCUUGUAGUAGUUAUCUUAACAUUAUACUAUAUACAUAUAUACAGCAUCAUCUUCAGCCUAUGCAUUAGCUAUUAUUAAUUAUUUAGAUCCAACAAAUUAAUACAUUUCUGGUAUAAUGACUAGAAACAAUUGUAUGGAAACAAAAAAUGGUUUUUUCAUCAAAGACUUAAGAUUAAUAGGCAAUAAGGAAUUAAAGGAUAUACUAAUUGUUGAUAAUUUAGCUCAUUCUUUUGGAUUUUAAAUUGAAAAUGGUAUACCAAUCUUAGAAUGGCAUUAAGAUUAAAAUGAUUAAGAAUUAAAAUAUCUAAUAGAUUAUUUAAUUGAUGCAGUUAAGUAUCCUGAUCUUAGAGAAUAUAAUACAAAGAAAUUGAGAUUGGAUGAUUUAAUUGAAUUUCAUAUUGAAGAAUGA